GCUUCCAAGUCUCCCGGAUCCUGCGGGAGAAUACUGGAUUGCGAUCCAAUCUCCCGUUCUCCCGACCCCAUGCCAAAAUCUCCCGGAUAAUCAGGAUUUUUAGCUGUUAAAUUGUAAAAUUCAUACAAACGACUGUUUUACGAGUCUAGCAUGUUCAACUCCCUAACACCCACGUGGAAACCCCUUAUCACAUUUUCAUUUUACCCUGUAGCUUUUACCAGUUUUUGUGUAAUCGUACAUUGAUUUCCAAUGUAAAUGAAGAUAAUUUUACUGAACGACUGGUGAACUAGUCUAACAAGUCAUUUAUUUCCGGGUUUUGCAAUGUGUGCGACGGGAACACUUCAGCGGCACUCCAUGCACAUGCUCCCCCGAUGCUCCCCGGCGCAGCCGGCCCUGCCUGGCCUCCACGCGCGCGCCAGGAGAAGGGAAGUCCACGAGCGCUGCGAGGCGUUUUUCGUAAGCUUGUGUGCGCCUUAUUCGAGCUGAAACUGUGGAUCAAUCAUGGGAUUAACAAGUGGAUUACUUUCAGGAAUAAUUUUAUUGACAAUCCUGAAGAACAGAAGGAAAGUGGAGAUUUUUUCCCCUACUUUCACUUGGGUUGAUCGGAUUCGAACAUUUUCCCUUUCGGGAGUGAGCUAGCCUGGCGCUUGCUGGCUGAGCUGUGCCUGUGCGAAGCAUGCCCUGUCCUGAUUCAUCCACACUACAAUCGCAUUGUCAGUGACCAUGGAGAUCAUGGAGAUGGAGUCAUCCAUGACCAAGACGACAAAAUACUUUUCGAAAUAUAAAGAUAAUUUUCAAGCGGAAUGGGACUGUGUGACAAUUUUCACAGGAAUCCCUCAGAGACUUUAAACAGGCCACAAAGAGUUUAUAAGUCUUUGCAGGGCCAGGCAAGCUCAUUUACCAUGUAUGUUUACCACUACUGCAGCCCCUUCCCCCUCUGGACAAUUAAAGGUCUUGACUGACUGGAUGUUGUGCCCUUUCACAUGAUGGAGCCAAAGAUAACAGGAACCUAGCAAACAAGUCACAAGUAUCAUCUCAAUCCAAGAUGGAGGAUAUCACCAUGGAUCAGGAGGAGGCUGGUAGGAGGAAAAUCCUCAAGCAAAGGGAAAUUCUUUGUAUGACCCGCAGCGACAGCAUGUCCAUUGGGUCCAUCGGGUCGGACCUUGUGUCUGGAGGUUCCGAGGAAAUGGACACUGAGGAUUCGGAAAAGGAUCCAAAGGAGGGCUUCAUCCAGAGUGGACGAUGCAGGUUGUCAUCGCAGGAGAGGCUACAGAAAGGCCUGAUGUUGCCAUUGGAUAACCAAAAGGAAAACAAUUACGAUUUGGAGAGAAUAACAGGUGAUGUGACUUCACCGGUCAUUGAAAAUAAACUCUCAGAUGAUGUGAAUGGGUAUUAUGCCAUGAGGACAAGUCUGCUGUCGCAGUCCGCUGUGAUUUUAGAAAAUGGAGGAGCUGUCGGGAAGACGAGCAGUGGAAGGUAUCAAGAUGCCAACUGUAACAUUGGGACAGGGAACUCCGGAACUCGGUCCAGCUGUGAAGCCAGGAAGAGCAGUAAGGCUUUCCAUACAGGGUACAGCUCCGACUCUGAAUCAGAACCUGAAGGGUUGAGCUGUAGCAUGCAGUCGAUGGAUGAUAAACACAAUGAGAGCUAUUCUAAUUCAAAACAGGAAUCAGACAUUUCAUGUGCAGCUGAAGUUAGAGUGAAAAUCGAACCCGAAUCGGAUGUUGACAAACCACAAGACAUUCAAGAUGAAGAACAUGAGAGGAAGGAUUUCAGGAGUUCAGUUGAAGUUAAGACUGAGUUGUGUCCAGAGGGAGGAGGUGACGCUAAACAUGCAGAGAUAUUGAGAAAGGUAUCUGUGGACUUCCAAGACGGCGAUGCCAGUGACUCAAUGGCUGAGAUCGAGAAAUCAGGUCUAGAAGCCAAGCUUGCUCGUGUUUCAAAACGUCGCAUCUAUUCCCGAGCCAGGGACCUAGCCCAGGCCUCGGACUCGAGUAGCGAGAGUGAUUCCGAGAGCGAGAGUGAGGAAGAAGACGAGAAGGAGAUGAUCUUUGAAGAUCUGCAUAGUGCCAAGGUUCUGUUCAAUGCGGCCCAACCGGACUCGGAGAAGCUUAUUGAGCGUGAAGCGUUGAAGAUGGCCUGCAUGGAUGAUCUCUUGAGCGACUGUUCAAGCGGAGACUCGAGCGAAGAUUCCAGUGACGACUCUAGCGAUUCCAGCUCUGCUGAAAGCUCUGAUUCAGAUGAGAGCUCAGACUCUGAGCUAUCAAGUGCUGAUGAAUCUGAUGAUGAGGCUGAGGAAGAAGAGGAAGAAGAGAAAAGGCCUCACAAAGGAAAACAAACAUCAAUAUCCAAGGAUGGACUUGAUAAGAGACUGCCAGAGGUGGAAUAUCUUGAGAUUUCGCUCCCUCCUUCUGUAGAGCUCAUUCAAGUAGGCCAUGUAUCGAGCAUCAUCGGAUCCCUUGGUGAGUAUGGUAUCCCUCAAAAUCUUUUUUUUUUUGCCUAUUUAUGACUCCAGACAUCUAUUUCAUUCUCCAUUCUACAGAAAAUUAUUGAACCCAUCACCCAAAAUGCACUCCUUCAUGCUGAGUCCUGAAUGUAGACAAGAACACGACAAUGUUUGGCAAGCCUAUGGAAACAAAAUUUAUUGAAUGUCAGGGUGCUACAGAAGCGCUUGCCCGAUUGCCCGGGGGAAGUAAAAGUUAGAGUCGUGCAAGUGUUUUGAAGUAAAGACCAAAACUGCCCUGAAUUGGGCAAGCAAAAUUCUCACAGUAGAAUGACCAAAAUUAGGGUCGAUAUGAUAUAUUGACCCUAAUUUUGGUCAUGGCAGGCAAGAUAAAAUCACUUUGGAAAAAGAAAUGCAAUAACAAAGAAGAUCAGUUCAUGUGAAAAGAGAGAAAAAGGUCAAUGGUUCAUAAAACUGCAAAACUUUCUUUUGAAGAGGUAAAACUUUUUUUUUCAUUGAUUUUUUUCGGGCAAGUGAUAUAGAUUUUUGGGCAAGUAUAUUCCAACCAUUUAAAAAUUUACUUGCCCGACUGGGCAAGUGCUUCUAAAAAGUUAUGUAGCACCCUGUUGAAUGUGAUAUUUCAUCACCUGACUUCAAAAUGAAAUAUCUAAACCAAGGCAGAAUUGAACACUUUUAUAUAUGUUCAUUUUCUGGUGGGGUUCACUAUUAAACUUUUUAGCACCGCUGUACAGUACAUGUACAAUAUAGGCUUGGAGGGAAAUGAAUUAUGAGGAGAGAAUUAAUUUUUAAAGAAACAAUAAAAAGAGAGAAUCAGUUUGAUGACAUAUUCCAACAAAGUCAAUUAAGAAAUGACGAAGAUUUCUAUUUGUAAAGUUUUUAUUUGCUCCUAAUAAAGUUCUUCACAUCGGCAAUACUUCAAGAUGUAUUUAUUGACAGGUUUGGCGCAAUUAAAGUGUGUGGUUUUAAAAUACCAAUUUUAAGGCAAUUAAAAAUGUUUUUAAAACAAUUUAAGACAUUUUGGAACAAAGAAGAACAAGGUUCUGUAUUUUUUUACAACAUUCACAACCCUGUUAUUCAGGGAACUCUUAUAUACUUUGCACACACAAAGUCGGAAAGAUUUUUAUAUCACUGCGCAGAAUAAAUUCUACAGAUUUAGAGAAAAACAAAGAUGUUACAUAUUUGUAUAGAAUUCUAAAGGAUUGGUCAUAUGCAGGACAACUAAUGGUCUCAAGUUGAAGUUCAAUUGAAUUUAUUUCACAAAGUAAAUCAGCAAAUUUUUGAAUUUCUUUCAUAAAGUAUGUCAGGUCAGCAAAGUUGCAUGUAGAUCUGCCAAUCAAUUCAAGUGUUUAAAACUCAUUCCAUGAGUUCUAGAUCUAGAGUCUGGGUACUUUUUUCCCCUUUUCUAUAUUCCUAUUCUUCAAUGCUUGGCAUGCUUUCAUUGGAGCAGAAUUAAUUUUAAUCACUUUUCCACGACAAUAAGAUCUAUAUUCACACAGGGUCUACAUGUAACUAUUAAACCAAUGGGCUUUGCAGCUUUCAUUCAUGAUAUUGUGGUUAAUUUGGUGUGUAUUCUGAGAAGGGAUAAAUGAUCACAGGCUUUUGUUGUUAAAAUGUCACAGUGUAAACUUGAUAAUCAUCAGUAUUAAAAUGAAUUCACUAGUGCCCAACUUCUAUUAUAGUUUUUAUAGCCCUACUUGCUUAUGUAUCUUGUGGUUGGGCUCUUUUGCGUACUAAUUCAGAGUCCAAGAAUAUGAUAAAAAUACAUUAAUAUAUAUAAGCAGAAAGUGUGAAAAUAAUAUAUUUCAGUUGAUUUUUGAAUUUUAGAGAAAUAAUCACUAUUAAAAUUCAAUAUUUGUCAUGGAGCAACAAUGAAAAUAUGAAAAGCCUUUUGCUCCGUGUAGAUCGACUUAUAUCUAACUUUCUAGGGCAUGUAUUCUUUGUUGAUUGCUCAUUAUUUCAGGUGUACAUAAAUUUUUUUUAAAGGAAAAAGAGAGCAAUAAAAAAAAAAAAGUAUACUGUUGCCAAUUUGAAGAAUAAGGUCUGAUUAAAUAAGACUUAAAUUUGUAUUUUUCCAGAGUUAAAGGAAUACUCCAGGCUGAAAAUAUUAUGAUUUGAGCAGAUAAAGAAAAAUCAGACCAACAACACACUGGAAAUUUUAUCAAAAUCGGACGACAAGGAAUAACAAAGAUAUGGAAUUUUAAAUAUUUGCAUUAUUCCAGUGAAACACUAUGAGGCAUGUCUUCAUGAAUAUUCAAUGAGCAAACUGAUGAUGUCAUAUCCCAACUUGCUCUUUGUAUAUUUUUAUUAUAUGAAAUUAGGUCUAUUCAAUUUUUCUUCAAAGAAAUUAAAAAAUAUUGGAUUGACAACUGAUUAAGUGCAUUAGAAUAUUCAUUGCUGCAACUUAUUUCAUUAUAAUAUAAGGGGGAGAUGUCAUAAAUAAAUGAAAAAAUCAAACGAUUAUGAAUUCAUGUAAUAACAUAAGAAAAAGGAAAGUGGGGAUGUGACAUCAGCUCACCUAAUGAAUAUUCAUGACGUGCAUAUAAUUGUUUUCACAAAAUGUUACUUAACUUUAGAAUUCAAUAACUUUGUUAUUUGUUAUCAGAUUUUAAUGAAAUUUCCAGCAUUUUGCUCUGUGAAUUUUACUCUGUUUAUUUAGAUAUAAAUAUUUCCAGCCCAGAGUACCCCUUUAAAUACACUCAAAAUUGAAGAAAGGUGGUUUCAUUUUCACUGCAGGCAUUGUCGAACAUGAAUUUUCAUAAAACAAAAUUUGCAACGCAGACAUAGCCUUCAGCACAGAUAUCUAGACAGCAUCAUUAAUUCAUAGUGAGUGAUUCACUUUGACUCAUAUAAUG